GCUCUUUGCCAGCACCCCCGCCUCCAGCGCCGCACACAGGCAAAAGCCGUACCCCAGGCUGUCCGCACGCCCCUCUUCCCGGCUCUGCCCCGCGCCGCCCCCGUCUUCCUAGACGUCCGCAGCCUCCCCGGCUUCUGCGUCCGCCGGCCCGCACCCAGGCGCCCUCUUCUCCGUAACUCUGCCUCUCCCCGCCUCGCGGUUCCCCCCGCCAGCGCCCUCGGGCCUUCCCCGUAUCCCCUGGCCGCCGUCCCCUCAGCCCUCCCCCGUCCCCGGACGUCUGUCCCACCGUCUCCCCCCGCUCUACACCCCGCAGGCGCUCCGUCCUGCUCUCCCAUCGCGCCCUCCUGCCCGCCUCGCCGCCCCCUGCCCGGCUCCGGUUUUCCUCACCCCUCGGACUCCUCCGGCUCCCCUCGAACCCCGGCGCCUCCCUUUCCGAGUCCCGUCCACCCGCAGACCCCGCAGACCCCUUCUUUUCUCAUCCUUAAAUUCUGUCCGCCCCGGGCCUUUCCACACCCACUCGCCGGCCCCCGCCCAGCUCCGGCGACCCGCCGGGCAGCCUCCGGCCUCAGUUUCCUUCCCUUCCCUUCCCGGCUCUUUCCGCUGCCGGGGGCCCUUCCUCGAGGGCGGAUGUGCGCCGGGAGGGCGGAGGCGGCGGCCCCAGAGGAUCCCGGCUCGCCGCGCAGGCCUCCGGCCGCAGCCAUGCGACGCCCGCGGCGAGGCCCCGGCUGGGCCCCCGGGGCACAGGAGCUCUGGAGUCCCAGGACCAUGGACUCUCUCAGUAGGAGCCAGGUAGGCCCUGGAUGCAAGACCCAAGCAAUGGUUCAGAAAGGCCCCUUGGACCUGAUUGAGACAGGCAAAGGGCUGAAGGUGCAAACGGACAAACCUCAUCUGGUGAGCCUGGGCAGUGGGCGACUAAGCACGGCUAUCACCCUUCUGCCGCUGGAAGAAGGGAGGACGGUGAUUGGCUCUGCUGCCAGGGACAUCUCCCUGCAGGGCCCAGGCCUGGCUCCAGAGCACUGCUACAUUGAGAACGUGCGUGGUACCCUCACCCUCUACCCUUGUGGCAAUGCCUGCACUAUUGAUGGACUCCCUGUCCGGAAGCCCACCCGGCUCACUCAGGGCUGCAUGUUGUGCCUGGGUCAGUCCACCUUCCUGCGCUUUAACCACCCGGCUGAAGCCAAGUGGAUGAAGAGCAUGAUUCCCACUGGGGGCCGGGCCCCUGGGCCCCACUAUGGUCCUGGCCCAGCAGAAUCAGAAAGCCUGGUGAAUGGGAACCACACCCCACAGCCCGCAACCCGGGGGCCCUCGGCUUGUGCCAACCACAGUUCCCUGGUGAGCUCUAUUGAGAAGGACCUGCAGGAAAUCAUGGACUCACUGGUGCUAGAGGAGCCUGGAGCUGCUAGCAAGAAGCCUGCUGCAGAUUCCCCACUGUCGCCAGUGGCUAACGGUGGACGCUACCUGCUCUCCCCACCAACCAGCCCCGGCGCCAUGUCUGUGGGCUCCAGCUACGAGAACACCUCUCCGGCCUUCUCUCCACUCUCUUCACCAGCCAGCAGUGGAAGCUGUGCCAGCCAGUCACCCAGUGGGCAGGAGCCAGCACCUUGCAUGCCCCCACUGGUACCUGCCCGUUCCUCCAGCUACCAUCUGGCCCUGCAGCCCCCACAGCCCCGACCAAGUGGUGCCCGCUCCUCUGAGAGCCCCAGACUGGGCAGGAAAAGGGGUCAUGAGAGGCCUCCCAGCCCUGGCCUCCGGGGUCUGCUGACAGACAGCCCUGCAGCCACUGUCUUGGCAGAGGCCCGCAGAGCCACUGAGAGCCCCCAGCUGGGUGGGCAGCUGCCCAUGGUGGCUAUCAGUCUGAGUGAAUACCCAGCUUCCGGUGCCUGUAGCCAACCCACCAGAAUUCCUGGCAGCCCCAAGAUCCAGCCUCCAGUCCCUGCUCCCCGAAACAAGGUCGGCACACUCCAGGACCGCCCUCCCAGCCCUUUCCGUGAGCCGCCAGGCCCUGAACGGGUGUUGACAACCAGUCCUUCCCGCCAGCUGGUGGGCAGAACAUUUUCAGACGGGUCAGCUGCCCACAUCCUGCAGCCUCCUGAGAGUCCUCGCCUGGGCCGGCGGGGCCUGGACAGUAUGCGAGAGCUCCCGCCCUUGAGCCCAUCACUGUCCCGACGGGCUCUCUCCCCCAUGCCCACCCGGACCACCGCAGAUCCCAAGCUAACCAGGGACGUGGCGGAGAGUCCCCGGCCCCGGCGCUGGGCAGCACACGGAGCUUCACCGGAGGACUUCUCCCUGACACUGGGGGCGCGAGGCCGUAGGACACGGAGCCCCUCGCCCACGCUCGGGGAGCCCCUGGCACCCCGCAAGGGCAGCUUCAGUGGCAGGCUGAGCCCAGCCUACAGCCUGGGCUCUCUCACUGGAGCUUCGCCCCGUCAGAGCCCCCGUGCUCAGAGGAAGCUCUCCAGUGGGGACUUGCGGGUGCCUGUCGCUCGGGAGCGGAAAAAUAGCAUCACAGAGAUUAGCGACGACGAGGACGACCUCCUGGAGUACCACCGGCGGCAGCGCCAGGAGCGGCUCUGGGAGCAGGAGAUGGAGAGACUGGAACGCCAGCGCCUGGAGACCAUCCUGAACCUGUGCGCGGAGUACAGCCGGGCUGACGGGGGUCCCGAGGCCGGGGAGCUGCCCAGCAUCCGGGAGGCAGCCGCAGCCUUGGCACUGACAGGCCGGAGGCCCUCACGAGGCCUCCCGGGGGCCACCCAGGUCUCCGGGCGGAGUAGCGAGGAGCCUGGGGGUGCUGGUCCGCGGCUGUGGGAGAGUGCGGAGCGCUCAGAUGAGGAAAAUCUCAAGGAGGAGCGGAGCAGCACAGAGAGCGCCCAGCAGGAGGGAGGGGAGUUCGCCUCUUAUCUCAGCCCACUAUCCCUUCCAAGUGCCCUGUGGGCUUCUCCAGCCUGUGAUGGCUUCCCUCCCCUCGGGCAGGAAGACGCACCUAGCCCCAAGCUCCAGGGAGAGGUGCUGGCGCUGGAAGAGGAGCGCGCCCAGGUGCUGGGCCGAGUGGAGCAGCUCAAGGCCCGUGUGAAGGAGCUGGAGCAGCAGCUGCAGGAGUCGGCCCGGGAGGCUGAAAUGGAGCGCGCGUUGCUGCAGGGGGAGAGGGAGGCAGAGAGGGCGCUGCUGCAGAAGGAGCAGAAGGCAGCGGAGCAGCUGCAGGAGAAGCUGGUCACCUUGGACACAGCCAUCCAAAAGGAGAGGGACAAGGAGAGGGCGGAGCUGGCCGCGGGACGGAGGCACCUGGAGGCCCGCCAGGCACUGUACGCCGAGCUCCAGACGCAGCUCGAUAACUGCCCCGAGUCAGGGCGGGAACAGUUACAGGAGCAGCUGAGAAGGGAGGCAGAGGCCCUGGAGACUGAGAUGAAGCUCUUUGAGGACUUGGAAUUCCAGCAGCUGGAGCGCGAGAGCCGCGCGGAGGAGGAGCGGGAGCUGGCGGGCCAGGGGCUGCUCCGCAGCAAGGCCGAGCUGCUCCGCAGCGUCGCCAGGAGGAAGGAGCGCCUGGCGGUCCUGGACAGUCAGGCCGGGCAGAUCCGGGCCCAGGCUGUGCAAGAAUCGGAGCGCUUGGCCCGUGACAAGAAUGCGUCCCUGCAGCUGCUGCAGAAGGAGAAGGAAAAACUGGCCGUGUUGGAAAGAAGAUACUCCUCGCUCACAGGGGGCAGGCCUUUCCCGAAGACUACACCAACGCUCAGAGAGGUAGCUGAGGUGGAACUGCUCAUCUCCGAGUCCUCAGAGGUGGGGCUGGUGCCUGUGACUCGGGGCCCACUCCCAGGGCCUCCUCAGUCUGGGGCCUCCUCUGUCCCCUUAGCCCCACCUGCCUCUACUCAGCUCUGCCCCAAAGCACAAGAGGAGUAUGUGAGCCUGGCAGAGGCUGUCCAGCUGUGUUCUCGCUUGGACCCCUAUGCUUCUGCCACUUCCCCCAGCGUGCUCGCCCAGCCCCUGCCUGACAGUGAGUACUUGACGCUUGAGCAGCUAAAGGCGAUGUGGGGCGCCUCACCCACGCCCACAGCCCCUGCACCCGGCCUGCCUGCCUGGGCCUCUGCCUCCCAAGACCUGGUUCCCACCACCUGCCUUCCUCCCGUGCUGCCCUCUUCCUCCUCCUUCGCUUCUGUCACGGCUUCACCCAAGAUGGAGAAGCUGCUGCUCCCUGCUGUAGACUUAGAGCAGUGGUACCAGGAGCUGAUGGCCGGGCUGGGCACUGGCCGCACUGCGGCCUCCCCUCGCUCCUCCCCCCCGCCUCUGCCCGCCAAAGCUUCCCGCCAGCUGCAGGUUUACCGCUCCAAGGUGGACGGUGAAGCCUCCAGCCCCCUGCCGCGGACCCGCAGCGGCCCCCUCCCGUCUUCCUCUGGCUCUUCCUCCCAGCUCAGCGUGGCUACCUUGGGCCGUAGCCCCUCCCCGAAGAGCGCUCUCCUCGCCCAGAACGGCACGGGCAGCCUUCCUCGCAACCUGGCAGCCACACUGCAGGACAUCGAAGCCAAGCGCCAACUGGCCCUGCAGCAGAAGGUCGAGUCGCUUCCUGCCGAGCCCCUCCCAGCCGACGACCCAGCAGGGCAGCAGGUGAUUGAGGAGCAGCGGCGGCGGCUGGCCGAGCUAAAGCAGAAAGCAGCAGCCGAGGCUCAGUGCCAGUGGGAUGCCCUGCAUGGGGUGGCCCCCUUUCCGACAGGCCCCUCGGGCUUCCCCCCACUCAUGCACCACUCCAUCCUGCACCACCUGCCAGCUGGGCGGGAGCGUGGGGAGGAGGGCGAUCACGCCUAUGACACCCUGAGCCUGGAGAGCUCCGACAGCAUGGAGACCAGCAUCUCCACAGGGGCCAACUCGGCCUGCUCCCCGGACAACAUGUCCAGUGCAAGCGGCCUGGAUUUGGGGAAGAUGGAGGAGAUGGAGAAGAUGCUGAAAGAAGCUCGUGCCGAGAGGAGCCGGCUCAUGGAGUCCAGGGAGCGAGAGAUGGAGCUUCGGCGGCAGGCCCUGGACGAAGAGCGGAGGAGGCGGGAGCAGGUGGAACGGAGGCUGCAGAGCGAGAGCGCCAGAAGGCAGCAGCUGGUGGAGAAGGAAGUCAAGAUGCGGGAGAAACAGUUUUCCCAGGGCCGCAGGCAGAGGGAGCGAGAGAGGAAGAGGGGGAACUCUGCUGGACCUGCGCUCUGCUCCCAGGCACGACCCCUGACCCGCUACCUGCCAAUCCGGAAGGAGGACUUUGACCUGAAGACCCACAUCGAGUCAUCAGGCCAUGGUGUCGAUACCUGUCUGCAUGUGGUGCUCAGCAGCAAGGUCUGCCGCGGCUACUUGGUCAAGAUGGGAGGCAAGAUCAAAUCAUGGAAGAAGCGCUGGUUUGUCUUUGACCGGCUCAAGCGCACCCUCUCCUAUUAUGUGGACAAGCACGAGACAAAGCUGAAAGGGGUCAUCUACUUCCAGGCCAUCGAGGAGGUGUACUAUGACCACCUGCGCAGUGCGGCCAAGAAGAGGCUUUUCAGCUUCACUAUGGUGACUGAGAGCCCAAACCCAGCCCUCACCUUCUGCGUGAAGACCCACGACCGGCUGUACUACGUGGUGGCCCCGUCGGCAGAAGCCAUGCGCAUCUGGAUGGAUGUCAUCGUCACCGGGGCCGAGGGCUACACUCAGUUCAUGAACUGACGGGGGGGGGCCUCCUCGCCCGGCCGCCCCAGGACCCGUGCCUGACCAUCUGCUGCACUGCUCACCCGACCUAGCGGGGGUGCUCCCAGAAGCCCCCGGAGGGUGCGGUGUGUCCGGCGCUUUUGUGCAAGGAGACUUGGUAAUGUCCCAGAAGGAGCUCGCCCGUGAAUUUCUGAGCUCAGGCCUCCGAAGAACCGGCAAGGAGACGAAGGUGGGGUCGGGGUUUUGCUUCUUCCCGGGAGCCCAGAACUUGCAGUGACCCUCUGGGUCCUGUGCUGGGCCCACCAGGGCAGAGGGGCUGUCACAGAGGGGGCCUCUCAGCUCCGACCUGGCACCUGCACUCCCCACCCUGUGUUCUUUUUUGCAAAGAACAGAUUAUGGUACCAGAAUCUGCCAAAGAUCCCCUCUUGCUUCAGCCCCCUUUACAGGGGCCUUGGGGGCUAAGCAGAGCCACACCCAGAGUGGGGUAACAGCUCAGGCAGUGUGCUUCUCCGACCCCGUUCCGCCUCAUUGUCCUCCCGCAUUUGUAGUUUUUAUUACUUUGCUCCAGGGCCAGAGACCACAGGUGUCAUCCUUGAGGUCCCAGCCCCAUCCCCUUUGUGCAGACCGCCACCGUGGUCACCAUAGUAACUGCUUCAUCACCAUGGUUACAUACUAAUUGCCAUGGCUCUGUGGCUUAGCCCACUGCUCCCGCUGUGGGCCCGUCUGAGAGUACGAGCCAUCAUCUCUCCAGCCUGGCCCUUGGGCGUUUCCUGCUGGGGGCCGGGGACUGAACGCCCUCUCCCUGCCCCUUGCCUGUAUCUCCAGGUUCCGAGGCACAGACUGCUGGCCCUCAGUCCAGCCCUCUCCCUUCCACUCGUGCCUUGCUUAGAGCCACAAGGGAAGAAGCUGGAGGAUCUAGAUUCCAGGGCAGGGGCAGCGUGGACGGAGAGGAAGCUAGAAGGGGUUCUGUUCAGGGCUGUUUCUGACAUGGACUGGCCGCUCAGAGGCCCCCGGGGAGAGCCUGAGCAGGAGAGGAAGCAGCAGAGGGAGAGGGCCCUGAGGGCCAACUGCCGUCCCUUUGGCCUUAGCAGGUUGAUGAAAACGGGGAGCAAAGGACCAGGUGUCCAGCCGUCUGGCCUCAGCCCUUCUCGCCUUAACACUAAGCCCGCCUCCCUGUCCCUCCCAGCACUGGGCCGUGGUUGCUGGGCCUGGGCUGGGUGUUUUUCAGUAUUUGUAAGCAUCUCAGAAGAACAAUAAAGCAUUUGGAGUAUGUGUU